AUGGCCGCCUCCGGGAGCGAAGUGCGGGGCGAGCCAGGGGCGCGGCCUCGACCUCGGCAGGUGAGCCGCCCCCGCCAAUCGCCGCGCCGCGCGUCACAAGGGGCGGUGCGGCGGCGGCCUCGGCCCAGGUAUCCGCGGGAGGACGGGGGCAGGGGGCGGCGGGCUUCCUUCCCCUCGGCCGAGAGCCCAGGAAGGAAGGGGGGCGGGGGGGCGGGCGGGCCGGGGCUCCCGCGAGGUGGCGCUCCGGAGCAGCCUGGCGGGGGGCGGGGCGCCUGCCUGCCGGGGUCCGCCCCCUGCUCGGGGCCGCUAAAAGGGCGGCGGGGCCGCCCGGCGCCUCGUCGGGUCGGGGCUGAGAUGGCUGCGCACCGCGUGGGGAGGCGGCUGGGCCGGGCGUCUCCGGCGCGCUCCGGCGAGCUCUCUCCGGGGAUGACCCGAGCGGAGCGGACGCCCAGCCCGGGGAUCCAGCGGCGCCAAGCGCGAGUCACCGUCAAGUACGACCGCCGGGAGUUGCAGCGGCGCCUCGAUACGGAGAAGUGGAUCGACGGGCGCCUGGAGGACCUCUACCGGGGCAGGGAAACAGAGAUGCCAGAUGAAGUAAACAUUGAUGAUCUCCUGGAGAUGGCCACAGAUGAGGAGAGGGCCACCAAACUGCAGGGCCUUCUGGAGUCAUGUGGCAACGCAGAGGGCUUCAUCAAGGAGCUGCUUCAGAAGUUGCAAGGCCUCCGGACAGAGCACGUCCUUCGGCGUACGAGCCCCAAUGCCCGGGAGGCCUUGGCACAGGGCUUGCAAAGCCAUGAGUAGGCGAGGAGGGGGAGAGCAAAGAUGCUCAGGGAAGAGUUGCUGCAGAAGCCAGGGGGACCUGGCCACCCAGCCAAAGGUGGGGAGUGAAGGCCCCCAGCUACCACCACCACCCCUGUCUCUCCUGCACAUAGCUUGGGCCCAUCAGCCUUUCCAAACAUGCUUCACAUUUUGUAUAAAGCUCUGUACAGUAAGACAUGAUCUUUGUGCAAUGUUACCCUGUAAUAAAAUUGCUCAGUUGUU